GAAAUCGACCUUUGAAAGAAGCCUCGCUAUGAUUGGCUAAUACAUUUGUCAGUUGGAACGCUCAACGGGAGAUUUUUGGGGGGAGGAGUUGCUCGGAGUAGUAGCAGCAGCAGCAGCAUUAAACCGGAGAGUCGUGGUGGUGCUGGAAUUGACGCUGCAAACGGGGGAGGGACUGUGUAGGCGAGGAGAAGCAGCGGCUCCGCCUCCCCCCUGCACGACGCAUGAUGUGUUAAUCCUGAUGCUUUGAUGUUGUACAAUGCCUGAUCAACAUAAGAAAGUGAAGACCACAGAAAAGGCAACGGAUACCAAACCUCAAGGGGAUUACACUGAUCUUAAAAGGCUUCUGGCUCUUCUCAAUGUCCAAUCAAGCAAACAACAGUUGCCAGCCCUUAACGUUGAAAGUGCUAAUAAUAGUAUCACCAAGUCUGAGCAAUACUCCAACAACCCUUGUGGAGAGAGAUGUAGAGGUCAUUGGCAAGAAUCAACUGAAGCUGUUGAACUUGAACGCUUUAGUAUGAAUUACAAGAAUGAGAGAAAUUUCAGCACACAUCCACAGCAUGCGUUGUUUCAAGAUAUCUUCACUGCUUUGGUUAAGAACCGGCUUAUUUGCAGGGAAUGGGUUAACCGAACUACCUCUAUUCACUUUCUGAGAGUUUUAAUUUGCGUAAGAUUGCUAAUGAGGGAUCCCUGUUAUCAGGAAGCUCUCCACAACCUAGGUGCGAUUGACAGUUUAGCGCAGUAUAUGGAAACAGUAGCGAAUGACUAUCUUGGCUUUGGAGAAGAGCAACAUUGUAUAGACAAAUUAGUCAACAUGACAUAUAUUUUUCAAAAACUAUCAGCUGUUAAAGAACAAAGGGAACGGGUUACUGCCAGUGGAGCACAUAAGACUUUGAUCAAUCUGCUUGGAGCUAGAGAAAAUAAUGUUCUGCUAGGUGCCUUGCUUGCUCUUACUAGCUUGGCAGAAAGUCCUGAAUGCCGAAGGAAAAUAAGUGAGCUCAAUGUUGUGGAGAAUUUGUUGGUGAUAUUACAUGAAUAUGACUUGCUCUGUAAAAGGCUGACAGCAGAGUUACUCCGUCUGCUCUGUGUAGAAUCCCAAGUCAAAGAGCAAGUCAGAAUGUAUGAAGGUAUUCCCAUCCUGCUCAGUUUACUCCAUUCAGAUCACCUAAAGCUGCUCUGGAGUGUAGUUUGGAUUCUGGUCCAGGUUUGUGAAGAUCCUGAUACCAGUGUGGAAAUCCGUAUCUGGGGUGGCAUCAAACAGCUCCUUCAUAUUUUACAAGGGGAGAGAAAUUUGUUUUCAGAUCGUUCUUCCAUUGGAAGUUUAUCUAGUGCCAAUGCAUCAGGAAGAAUCCAGCAGCUUCACAUGUCAGAAGAUUUAAGCCCUCAGGAGAUACAAGAAAAUACGUUUUCCCUUCAAGCAGCUUGUUGUGCUGCUAUUACUGAAUUGGUCCUGAAUGAUACUAAUGCUCAUCAAGUGGUUCAGGAAAAUGGAGUCUACACAAUAGCAAAACUUAUUCUACCUAAUAAACAAAGGAAUGUAGCAAAGCCUAAUUUGUUACAGUAUUACGCCUUCAGAGCCUUGAGAUUUCUGUUCAGUAUGGAAAGGAACAGGCAUCUCUUCAAAAGACUCUUCCCUACAGACUUAUUUGAGCAUUUCAUUGACAUUGGGCAUUAUGUUCGUGAUAUCCAUGCUUAUGAAGAGCUGGUACUGAAGCUAAAUGCUUUACUUGAGGAUGAAGUUAAGCAAAUAACUGAAAAUAUUGAAAACAUUAAUCAGAACAAAGCACCUACAAAGUACAUAGGAAAUUAUGCAAUACUAGACCAUCUUGGAAGUGGAGCUUUUGGAAGUGUAUAUAAGGUUAGGAAACAUAGUGGCCAAAACCUUCUUGCAAUGAAAGAAAUCAAUUUACACAAUCCAGCAUUUGGCAAGGAUAAAAAAGAUAGAGACAGCAGUGUAAAGAACAUUGUGUCUGAAUUAACCAUAAUUAAAGAACAGCUUUACCAUCCUAAUGUUGUCCGAUAUUACAAGACUUUCUUAGAAAAUGACAGGUUGUAUGUUGUCAUGGAGCUCAUAGAAGGAGCACCACUGGGCGAACACUUCCAUUCAUUGAAGGAAAAGCAGCAACACUUUACCGAAGACAGAAUAUGGAAUAUAUUCAUUCAACUGUGUUUAGCUCUUCGGUAUUUGCACAAAGAGAAGAGAAUUGUGCAUCGAGACCUUACUCCAAACAAUAUUAUGCUGGGAGAUAAAGACAGAGUAACUAUCACUGAUUUUGGUCUUGCAAAGCAAAAACAGGAAAAUAGCAAGCUCACUUCAAUUGUUGGAACUAUUCUUUACUCCUGCCCUGAAGUAGUCAAGAGUGAGCCAUAUGGUGAGAAGGCUGAUGUCUGGGCUGCAGGAUGCAUCCUCUAUCAGAUGGCAACUCUCAAUCCUCCAUUUUACAGUACCAACAUGCUCUCCUUAGCAACUAAAAUAGUAGAAGCUGCAUAUGAGCCAGUUCCAGAUGACGCCUAUUCUGAAAAAAUACCAGCUAUUGUUAAAAGGUGCCUGACCCCUGAUGCAGAGAGUCGUCCUGACAUCGUAGAAGUCAGUUCAAUGAUAUCAGAUGUGAUGAUGAAAUAUUUAGAUGGCUUAUCAACCUCCCAGAUUGUCUUGGAGAAGAAACUGGACAGAGAAAGAAGACGUACCCAGAGAUAUUUCAUGGAGGCCAAUAGGAAUGCAGUGACAUGUCAGCAUCACCUUGCUAUAUUGUCUCAGGAACCAUAUGACAAGUCAAGCGUCAGCAGCAGCAGUAGUGGAACAGCCAGUGUAAAAAGUGAAUUUUCUGAAAAUGUUGACCUUCUGACUGAAAACAUCCCCCAGUCCUCUGGAAAAGAUGAAGAGAAAACCUGUGAUGAAACCCUGUCUGAUAACUGCACUUUAGAAAGCUCAGAAAAAGAUACCUUCUCAGAACUAGAUGAUGAACUGGACAUGUCAGACAAUUCCAGCAGCUCUAGUUCAAGUCCGCUGAAAGAAUCACCAUUUGGUAAUAUAAAACGAAGCUUCAGUGCUUCUGAAAGGCAGCUUCAAGUAAGAGAUUAUUUUGGAUCCAGACCAAGACCAGCUUUGCUGCCCCUUGAUCUGCUUCUGACAACACCUUCACUCAUGUUCAGGGCCCACGUUAAGAAAAUAGAGGACUCGUUAGUAACAGGGUGGAAAUCCCACAGCCUCCCAGCUGUGAUUCUUCGCAAUUUGAAAGAUCAUGCAUCUGCAGGGAUUGCAGUGUCACAACGGAAAGUGCGUCAGAUCAGUGAUCCUAUUCAACAGAUUCUGAUUCAGCUGCACAAGAUCAUUUACAUCACCCAGCUUCCACCAACUUUGCACUGCAACUUGAAAAGACGAGUCAUUGAGAGAUUCAAGAAAUCCCUAUUCAGUCAGCAGAGUAAUCCAUGUAACUUGAAGUCUGAAAUGAAAAAGCUUCUCCAAGGUUCUCCAGAGCUGAUUGAGCCUACCUUUUCAACAUCAGAUUGCCACUUAUUGCUUCAUUCUUCAGGGGGAAAUAGUUUUGUUCUAGAUGAUAGACUAGGUCUUCCUAGCAAGAUUGACAUGGAGAAAGGAAUGACAUAUGAACAAAUGCAGACUGUGAUUGAAGAAGUUCUGGAAGAAGUUGGAUAUUACAAUUUUACCUCAAAUAGGUAUCAGCACUAUCCAUGGGGAACAAGGAAUCAUCCAUCCAGAAGAUGAGCACCUGGAAUUCUGACUAGACUAGCUUGUUUCCUAAUGAGGUUUAAGUGCCUUGACUUCACCUGCUAUUGACUUAUUGCCAAAGGAAUGCACUUUACUUAAAACAAAAAAAUGAAAAGGCAGUUGGUUGUUCAGGGCAGUUUCCAAAGAGUUGUCCAAGCAGUAGAACUGUAGUCGACAACUUUGGAAGUAGACAUUUGCACUGUAUUUUUAUCCUGCAAGAUACAUUUUGUGUGUAAAAUGUAGACAUUCUUCAGGUACCUGCAUUAAGUUGGCAACACAAUGUUCUCCAGUAAUUAUCUGUUUUUUAUAUAUAAUUUCAAAUGAACUGAUUAAUACUCAGGAUUGUUGAAAAUAUAUCUUAUUUUUAUAGAUUUUCUGGUAUCAGAGAUGUAUCUUUCAUUGUAAGAGUGUCUUUUGUAAGAAGAGAAAAUCAAAAUAUUUAUGUGGAGGGAACAAAUAGUUAACAACUUUGCUACAUCAGAGUUGGAAAUUAUCUCAAAUUAUUUUGAAAAGCAGAUUAUUUCUAAGUAGUUACAUUAGAUAUAAAAGCCUUUGAGAUAGUUGGAAUUUCAACUACGAAUUGGUAUAUUAUACCGUAUUUAUAAUUUGCACAAAGACUAAUAACUGUUAAGUCUCAGAAUUAAAGCUUACGGCAUGCUUAAAUUCAAUAAAUAGAUAAAUGGCUAUGUCUAUAAUAUGUACAUAAGAAACUCCUAAAGUAUAUUCAUAUGCAAAGUCAUAUGUGUACACAGAAAAUGUCAAUAUGUAAAUAAAUAGAUAAAUGUAAUUAAUGUUACUGCUACUCAGACUUGUAAUACACAAAGCACUUCAGAAAAUUUAUGCAUAUUUUGAAAAAUGGAUUUUGCAUAUUUUGAAAAAACUGGAUUUUGAACUUCGCCAUUACUAAAACCAUUCCCUCUUUGUCCUAUCUUUUACCUAUUCUAACCCACUUUGAUCUAGCAAUGUCAUCAUGAUUCAUUGAUCAGUCCUAAAGGAACACUGGAAGUACUGAAAAUGGCUCUGCCGGAGCACCAUGCAGCAAAGAUUUGCCAGUGUGUUAUUUUAGACAUGUCAGACCCUUUCCAAGGGAGUCCAUCAGUGUCCCAGCAGUGUUUGCACAUCCUCAACUCUCAGUGGAGUUCCCUGGAUACUGUGACUGGCCAAGCUCUCAUGUGCGUGGUGUUUUUGGAGUCACAUUUCCUUAUUUAUGACAGAAUUAGUGGACCCAAGGAACAGUUGUGGGAUUAAUAUAUGAUUAACAUCUCUGCCAAAGUAAUAUGUGCCAGGGCUUUGAUCUGCCAGUGACAGGGAGAAGGUUGUUCCUUGUCUUUCUAAAUAAAAUUCAGGCCAGUAGAUAGUAGCACACUAAGUUUGGGGUGGGGGGGGGAGAAAUAGUAGCUGCACUUUCUCAUAUUUACAAAUAGUUAUUUGGAUUAGAAGAGAGCUCGAGAGCAGAAUUCUGCACACACUUUGGGACUUUCCUGAUCAGCAGACCAUCCUACUCCUUGAAAGCUAUUCCUGAGGAACAAGGCUCAUCUUGCUGAGCAAUAUCAAAUAUCACAUAGGAGCCUGUAAUGGAGAGAGGCUAUCAGUAGAAAUCAGUUUGACAAAAAGCUGUAAGAGUCCACCCCAUUCUCUAAUAUACACAGAAACACUUAUCCAUCUGUUCUAGCUGACCAACCCAGAGAUGCCUUUGCUGCCUUUGAAAAACAUACCUCAGCAUGCCUGGUGCUUUCAAUUCUAAGCAAACAUAUGGCAUACAAUAAAUUUCAGUGGAGUCCUGCUUCAUACCAUUACUGAUAUUGCAGUGAACUUAGGAACCUUUGUUUAUGUAGAAUUUUUUUGUUAAAAGCCACCAGCCAAAUUCUGGUGCAAUGAUACUAGAUUUAAAAGUACCAUCUGUAAUGCCCUGUGAAAUACAAGCCAUUUAACUGUGUGAUUACAUAUUUUGAAAUUGCAAAUAAUAAAGUAUGCUGAUUGCUUUAGAAAUGUGUGUAAUUAUACUGGCAACUUUCAAAACUCAGCAUUCAUCAACUUGGGAACAGCAAAGUAAUCACGGCAUCUUACUAUUUUUAGAAUAGUAGACAGCACAAAGACUAUGGUGUUUGCAGUGGCUCUCAUUUCAAGUGGCAAACAGUGGAAAGAGACAAGAAACCAAUACCUAAAAGGCCAUAAAAUCCUUCUGGUAAUUCCCCCUCAAAUACUGUUAUGUCUGCCAAUAACUGGGAGUCCUAAUUUCUGUUUACAUUGCUGUUUUGUUUUCAGAUGUUGGCAGGAAACAAUACAAAAUGGCCUCUUUAUAGUGUUGUGACUCUAGGGAUGUUAUUUCUUAAUAGAGUAGGUAGAUGGUUUUUUCCUGCUUAAAUAUACUACAUCAGUAGAUACUUGUAAGCAUUUUUACUGACAAAAUAGCCACUGCUAAUUUUAUCUCAGUUUUGCUGUGCUGUUGAUUGAAGAGGUUAUUUUGCCUAGCUAUAUACCAGUUGUAAAUAUGUUUUACCCGCUGAAUAAGAUACAAUGAUAGACAGCAAGAUUUGGAGAUCUUUCAGCUAUCCAUUAUCUCACUGGCAAAAAGGGAGAAACUGGGCCUUUAUAAAUGAAUCUGAUUGCUAGAUUACAAUAAUAUAUCAAAGUCCUCAUUUCAUUUUCUUAUAUUCAUUAAAACAAAAUCUCAGGUGCACAAGUUGCAAGGGGCAGCUGCUAUAUACACCAGUCUUUAUAUAGAUGCAGCAAUAAGUUGACAUUUAUGAUUGUGGCAGCUGGAAAAAAUGCCCCAUAGCAGAAGGAUGAUAAUGAUAGUUACUGCAGCUGACUAAUGCCUUCAGUCUAAGGAGCUCUACUAUGGUUGUAAACUAAGAAGUCCUUACAGCCAAGGGAACAAGGUCCAUGCCUGGAAGGGUUAUAGCUUUUAUUGAAGGUUUAUGGUAGGCUGCAUUCCAGGGCAUCAUAUGGUAGGAGGACCUACAAGACAGCUUUCCACCCCUCCAGGUCCCAGGCCUGGACUGUAUAUAGCUCACUAAGAGUUGUCCAGUAAUGCCAGCAAGGGACAACUAACAUGGGUUAAAACUAAUGUGGGCACAGGCAGGACUGAAUGGAAAAUGAAUUUUCUAGGACAGGGUUGCACUCUCCCUAAAGGACAGAGUGCAAAGCUUGGGGGUACUCCUAGACACAGAGUUGUCCCUGGAGCACCUUUUAUCAACUGCGGCUGAUUUAUCAGCUGCACCCCUAUUAGGAUAAGUGGAACCUAGCAAUGGUAGUCUGUGCUCUGAUAACCUCACAUCUGUGGGGCUGUCCUUGAAAACAAUCCAGAGAUUUCAAUUGAUACAAAAGAGGGCAGCCCCUCUGUUGAUAGGGACAGGCUGUCAUGAAUGCAUCACCCCUGUUCUUUAUCAACUGCACUGGUUACCAGUUGAAGUCUGGGCCCACUUUAAGGCACUCAGAAUAAUGUAUAAAGCCCUAAACAACUUAAGACCUACAUAUUUA